AACCAAUUACACUCUUUCUUUCUUUCCCUCUUUCUCACCACUUUCCAUAUCAAAACCCAAAACUUAAGCUUAAUAUAUAUUCAUUCUUUAAAGUACACACACAUUCUUGUGCACAACAACAUCAAAUUUUCUACUAUGGGUAUAGCUUCACGCACAUUAGAAAUAACAGUUAUAACCGGUGAAAAUAUUCAUAUAACUGAGGAUGCAUACGUUGUCGUUCGAGGUGAGUCUCUUAAUUGUUACACAACGAAAACAGUGAAAAAUAAAGACGAUUGUGGAAAAAACUCGAGUUUUCUUUCAUGGAAUGAAAAGUUUUUGUUGAACAUGCCAUUGCAUGCAAGGUCAAUCACAUUUGAGGUGCAAUGCAAGAAGUUCAAAAGUGUUCGCCCUAUUGGGGUGACACGAAUCGCCGUUUUGGAUAUUCUAAACGGGGCUGAAUUGGAAAAUUGUUCCCGGAUUUUGAGUUAUAAAUUGAGGAACUGGGAAGGGAGGCAAAAUGGAGUUAUUCAUUUUGGUGUGAGGGUGGUUAUGCCGGAGAAAAGAUCGGUUACCGUGGUGAAAAAUAAAACAACGGCAGAUAAAAAGAGUUAUGGUGAUCGGUUAACUGGAAUUGAUGUUGGUACCAAGAACUCUAAUAGUGUUGUUAUUGGUAUUCCUGUUUGGUGGAAUUACCCUAGCGUUAUUUAAGGAUUUGUAUUUUUUUACAUUAUUUAAUUUUUCUGUAUGCUUGUCAAAGAUUGAUGAAGCAAACUUUAAUGCACAUAUAUACUAUUGUGAUGUAUACCUAAAGUCAUAAAUCUCUUAACCUCCUUUUUUGGAGUCAUACCAAUACUGUGGUACUAUUUCAUUUCUCACGUUUUAAUUUAUUGUAAAUACCAACAUUGGUAACAUAGACUUAAUUAGUUUUCCUUUUCUUUGGAAGUUAUUGUUUAUUUUCUAAUUUGGGGAACAUGGCGAAUACUAGUUUUUGAAUGUGGCAUGGAGGGGGGAGAUUUCCUAUAAGUGUAAAUGUCAAAGACUCUUUCCUUUGUAUAACAAAAAAGAGGUAAAUGUGGGUGAUUUGUGGGUAAAUAAUACAACGGAGAGUAAUUGGGUCUUUUCUUGGAGGAGACUUAAGUUUUUGUUUGGGAGUCUAUUAUUCUAGUUGAUUUGUUGGAUGAUUUGACGGGAUAUCCGUGGUCAGAAGUUGAAGAGGAGUGGAGGUGGAGUUUGGAAGAUGAUGAUAGGCUUUCGGUUAAAUCAAUGUAUAAGAAGUUGGAAGGUUUGAUGGUAUGGAAGGGGAAUCUAAUGAAGGAUAAAUCGAGGGUGUUGUUUACUCAAAUUUGAAAGAGUCUGGCUCUGUCCAAAGCAGUGACUUUCUCUUCAAAGCUUUUUCACGAUAGGGAGGACUAAUCUUGCUAGAAGGAAUGUUCUACGACCAGAAACUCCCCCAAUUGUGCAUGUGUGCUACGACGAUUGAACCAUCAUCUAAUCUUUUUCUUCAUUGUGACCUUACUAGGAACAUUUGGGAUAAGUUAAUGUGGUGGCUUGAUUUUAAAUUUAACUCGAAAACACAAUUUAUCCUUGAGAAAUCUUGGUUAUUUUUGGAUGUUAUUGCUUCAAAAAGUUAUAGUUAUAGAGUAAUUUCUAUGUGUUUGGUUGGAUUCAAUGUUUGAUAAUUUGGAAGUGAAAAUGCCACUCAAAGCUCUUAAAUCAUGUGCAAAAUGAGAAGGAGAAAUUUGAGAAGCUGAUUUUGUUUGAAUUUGAAUCUGACGGAGAAAGGUUCUUAUGGAUAAAGUUUCUUCUUCCACUUUUAUUUGUUUCUUUCUCAUCUAUUUUGCUAUAGAAGAAACUAGAACAGUUGGAUCGUCAUGUUCUCUUAUUCAUAUUUUUUCUCUUUAGAUUUAUCUAUAUUGAAAUUGUUCACAGCGACUGUAGCAACAUAUUCUUGAAUUGCUAUGUGAAAAUAAGUCAAUUUUAAUUUUUAAGCAUUUUAUUUGUUUCUGUGUGUGUGACCAACUAUAGUUGUAAAACCAUCUCUUGGUUUUUCUUUUUAAGCAUUUUAUUGCUACUGUGAAAAAUUCUUGAUCACACCAACUAUGAGUUAUUGAUAUCACUUUUAUGUCCUCUUUCUUAAAUCAUUUCAGUGUAUUGGAAGUUUACAAAGCAUUCAAAUUUGGAUGUGCUUUGUUAGAUCUUUAAUCGUUUGUGAGGGAGCUUUUUCUUCGUGGCUGUCGGUGUGUGUUAUGCUGCAUUAUGUGUUUUGUUUAUGUUAAACCUGAAAUGAGAAUGACAAGGUCCUGAUACAUUGAUUUUCUUCAAUGCUUCUGUCGAUCUUAAGGACAUGAUGUUAUCUAUUGGAGUAUUGAACAAGAAGAUUAUCCGGGAAGUUUAAUCACAAUACCUUUACCUCAGGGAGGCGAUAUAUCGUACCUCCAAAUCAUCCUAGCUGCAUCCUUCCUUCUCAUGUGAUUGAGUUUGGUUCUAAUCAGAACACUGUUAGCACUGCAAGAGGUUUGCCUCCUAAUGGAAUUCCUGCAAAGCCUAUGGCUCCCCAUGCUGCAUGGGGGGCUUGCGGGCUACAAAUUGCCAGCCAGCUGCUGGCGGUCCUACCGGACUGUCCAAGCCCAAGCUUGAUUCAAUCAGCAGCACUCUACCCUUCUCCUCGACUGUUGCAGGCACAGUUCAAGUUUUAUUGCAUAGUGAUACAAUAAAGAGGCCUUUAUCAAGUGAUGGGCGUAAUAGUAUAAUGCCUGGAGCCAAAAAUAAUUGUGCUGUUGUCCUGGCGAAUGGGGGCCAAAAAACAUUGGCUUCUGAUGUUACUCUCUUGCUUCUGUGAAUUUGAGCACCCAACUGUCUUCUAUUAUUUGCAGGCUUCAUAUCGUGUAAAAUUGACAAUAUCUGCUCCAAGAGUUGCUCAAAAGGAAGGGACACAAAUUUUACAUAAAGUAUAAUUUUUAACAUCCGAGACUUCGACGAACCGCCUUAACUCUAAUUCUAAACUAUCUUGACUUGAGGAUGCUGUUUCUUUGGUUCAUUUUGUGUGAUGUGAAUAAUGGUGUUAAUCCCUUUUUUGUAACUCUAUGACGGUAACCCUCACUUUUAUAAUUUUGGCUAACAUGUAAUUGUAAUUUGCACAUUA